AUGACAUCAAGUGGAGCACCAAUGGCCUACGGUGGAGGUAUGGUAAUGAGUGCCUUUUUCUGGUCUGUGGCCAUAGUAUAUUUGACCUAUACAGGCAAAGUCAAUGGGGACUGCUGGCUCAUCGAAGGCGAGAAGGGCUUUGUGUGGCUGGCCAUCUGCAGCCAAAACCAGCCACCAUACGAGGCCAUCCCCACACAUAUUAACAGCACCAUCGUGGACCUUCGGCUCAAUGAAAACAAGAUCAAAAGUAUCCAUUUCUCUGCCCUCAGCCGCUUCGCCAACCUGACGUACCUAAACCUGACCAAGAAUGAGAUCAACUACAUAGACGACGGGGCCUUUUCUGCCCAGUUCAACUUACAGGUCCUUCAGUUAGGCUUCAACAAACUCCGUAACCUGACUGAGGGCAUCCUCAGGGGUUUGGGCAAGCUGCAGUACCUCUACCUUCAGGCCAACCUGAUUGAGACUGUGACACCCAAUGCCUUUUUGGAGUGCUAUAGCCUCGAAAACAUCGACCUCUCCAUGAACCGUAUCCAGCAGCUAGAUGGGACCACGUUUACCAGCCUGACUAAACUGACCACCUGUGAGCUCUACACGAACCCUUUCAACUGCUCCUGUGAACUACUUGGCUUUGUGAAGUGGCUCUCUACAUUCCCCAACAGGACAAAUGAACGGAUGGUCUGUGACUCCCCAUUAGGUGUCUCUGGCUACAGUCUACUCAGCCAGAACCCUAACAACCCGACUUUUCGGAAUGCCCUCCAUAUGCUCUCCACUGUGUGUACAGAUGACUAUGUGACGCCGUACAUACCUGUGCCUCCUGAGACCACCACCCUUCCACCAGACUACACUCCCUGUGGGCUGGAGGACUGUCCCUCCGGAACUGAGCCAGAUGAGAGUAUGAGUAUCAACCCAACAGUGAUUCAUGUGGAUGUAAAACCCAGUAUGAAGCUGAAGCAAGUCUCUAAAACAAGCGCCACCAUCACUGUUCAGAUCCCCCAUCCCUUCAAGAAGAUGUACAGCCUGGUUCUCUACAAUAACAGUUUUUUCACUGAUAUUCAAAACCUCAAAAUUCAGAAUGAGGACAUUGAACUUAAAAACCUGAAACCCCAUACUGAAUACACAUACUGUGUCGCUUCUAUAAAGAAUAAUCUUAGAUUCAAUCAUACUUGUCUGGCAGUCUCCACAGGACCCUGGAAUGGGAGAGAUAGAUCACAAAACCAUGCAACAGCUACCCACUACAUUAUGACCAUCCUAGGUUGUCUCUUUAGUAUGGUGAUUGUCCUAGGAGUGGUCUACUAUUGCUUGCGUAAAAAACGUCAGCAAGAUGAAAAGCACAAAAAGGCAGGCAGCCUAAAGAAAAGUAUAAUUGAAUUAAAGUACGGACAAGAGCUCGAAGGGGGAACCAUUUCCAGGAUGUCACAGAAGCAAAUGAUGACUGGGGAGACUAUGUCCCGUAUGCCAUACCUACCAUCUGGUAGUGAAAUGGAGCAGUACAAACUGCAGGAGAUAAGAGAUGACACGCCUAAAAUGGCCAAGGGAAGUUACAUAGAGGUGCGAGGAACCGGGGACCACCAUGAACGCAGAGAGUGUGAGAUGUCCAUGCCUGGGAACAGCCAAGGGUCAGUGGCUGAGAUUUCAACCAUUGCAAAAGAGGUGGAUAAGGUCAAUCAGAUCAUUAACAACUGUAUUGAUGCUCUGAAGUCAGAAUCCACAUCUUUUCAAGGGGUGAAAUCAGGAGCUGUGUCCACCCAGGAGCCCCAGCUGGUUCUAAUAUCAGAGCAGCCGCAAAGCAAGUCUGGCUUCCUGUCCCCAGUGUAUAAGGACAGCUACCACCACUCGUUACAGAGGCACCACACCUCGGAUGUCCCGCCAAAGCGGCCCAGCACCGCCACUGGAGGUCCCAUGCGGAGCCCAAGGCCUUACCGCUCGGAGUCCAAGUACAUAGAGAAGACCUCGCCAACGGGUGAGACUAUCCUCACUGUAACACCAGCCGCUGCCAUUCUUAGGGCAGAGGCGGAGAAGAUCAGGCAGUACAAUGAGCACCGGCACUCCUAUCCCGACAGCCACCAGCUGCAGAUCGAGGAGCUGGAAGGGCCCGGAAGCCACAAGCCCUCCAUCCUGGAGCCCCUAACUCGGCCCCGCCCCAGAGACAUGGCGUACUCUCCGCUCUCACCUCAGUACCAUAACCUCAGCUACUCCUCCAGUCCUGAGUACUACUGCAAACCACAUCACACUUUCUGGGAGCGCUUCAAACUCCGCGGCAAACGGCACAAAGACGAGGAUGAGUACAUGGCUGCAGGGCAUGCGCUACGUAAAAAAGUGCAGUUUGCCAAGGAUGAGGACCUGCAUGACAUUUUAGACUACUGGAAAGGUGUAUCUGCUCAACAGAAAUCUUAA